GCGGGGACUUUGCCGGGCUGCCUUUGGAGCCCACAGCAGGCAGGAAAAGGCACAGCUAUCUGCCUGCUGGAUUUACCGUGCCUGGAGCCUCUCUCCUCUUGCAAUGUACUGGCUGUGCUGUGCUCUUCCCUUGGUGAUGCUCCUUGGUGCCAGCCCUGGAAGCCUCAGCACAGUGAAUCCAUGCUGCUAUUUCCCAUGCCAACACAAGGGCGUGUGUGUCCGGGUUGGCACAGAGGGCUACGAAUGCGAUUGCACCCGGACCGGCUACUUUGGCACAAACUGCUCUCUGCCGGAGUUCUGGACGCGGUUGCGCGAUGCCCUGAAGCCGAGCCCAGCCUUCUAUCAUUUCAUCCUGACUCACUUCCAGUGGUUCUGGACCAUUGUCAACAACACCUUCAUCCGGGACACUUUGAUGCGUUUGGUGCUGACGAUCCGAGCCAACCUCAUCCCCAGUCCACCCACGUACAAUUCCGCUCACGGCUACAUCAGCUGGGAGUCCUAUGCCAAUGUCAGCUAUUUCACUAGGGUCCUCCCACCGGUGCCCACCGACUGCCCCACGCCAAUGGGAACAAAAGGGCCGCUGCAGCUUCCUGAUGCACAGCUAGUAGCUGAAGAGUUUUUCCUGCGCAAGAAAUUCCACCCGGACCCCCAGGGGACAAACUUGAUGUUUGCGUUCUUUGCCCAACACUUCACGCACCAGUUCUUCAAGACGUCUGGGAAGAUGGGCCAUGGCUUCACCAGGGCUCUAGGCCAUGGGGUGGAUCUUGGACAUUUAUAUGGAGACAACUUGGAACGCCAACAAGAACUGAGGCUCUUCCGAGACGGGAAGUUGAAAUACCAGGUGGUGAAAGGGGAAAUUUAUCCCCCGACGGUACUGGACGCCCCCGUGCACAUGAUCUACCCAAAGCACAUCCCAGCAGAAAAGCAGCUGGCUGUGGGCCAGGAGGUGUUUGGCCUGCUCCCGGGACUCAUGAUGUACGCCACCAUUUGGCUCCGCGAGCAUAACCGCGUCUGUGACCUUCUCAAGCAGAUUCACCCCACCUGGGAUGAUGAGCAGCUGUUCCAGACCGCAAGGCUCAUUCUUAUUGGUGAGACCAUCAAGAUCGUCAUUGAGGACUAUGUCCAGCAUCUGAGUGGCUACUUCCUACAGCUGAAGUUCGACCCAGAACUCCUCUUUGGAGUCCAGUUCCAGUACCGGAACCGCAUUGCAGUGGAAUUCAACCAGCUCUACCAUUGGCAUCCACUGAUGCCAGAUACCUUUAAGAUCCAGGAUCAAGAGUACAGCUACAACCAGUUUGUCUACAACACCACUAUGCUGAUGGACUAUGGAGUGGAGGCCCUUGUAGAUGCCUUCUCCAGGCAGCAAGCUGGGCAGAUUGGUGGGGUACCAAACAUCCACAAGCAGCUUCUUAAAGUGGCCAUUGGAGUCAUUGAGGAGUCAAGGCUGCUGCGCCUCCAGUCCUUCAACGAGUAUCGGAAGAGGUUUGGCAUGAAGCCCUACACCUCCUUCCAGGAGCUGACAGGUGAAGAAGAAACUGCUGCCAAACUGGAGGCCCUCUACAGAGACAUUGACGCCCUUGAGUUCUACCCAGGUCUGCUGGUGGAGAAGAGCCAGCACAACUCGAUUUUCGGCGAGAGCAUGGUGGAGAUCGGGGCCCCAUUCUCCUUGAAGGGUCUUUUCGGGAACCCCAUCUGCUCCCCAGAGUACUGGAAGCCCAGCACCUUCGGUGGUGAGGCUGGCUUCCAGCUGGUGAACACGGCCUCACUCCAGAAACUGGUAUGCCUCAAUGUGAAGAGGUGUCCCUACGUGGCCUUCCGGGUUCCUGGCGGUGGAGAGGACGCCGUUGUGCUUGCAAAGGAGAAGGGGCCAUUGGAUGAGCUCUAGGAUGAGCAUCGGGGGCAGAGGGCAGGGGCUGCUCCUUGGCUUGGCUGUGGUCCAGCCAGUGGCAAGUGGCAAGGAGUGGUGGUAGACUAUGGCUGGCUGGUGGGGAGGAAUGGAGAGAACAGAACAGCAUCCCUGCUCAUCACACACCUGGAAAUGUAUUGUGGAGGGUUAGGUUCAGAGAGGAGAAUUAAAAGUACAGUUUACUGGGAGAAAUGAAAAGCCUUUUGUGGUCUGCCUGCCCUCUGCCCAGCCGGCUUCCUCUUUCCCUCCCACCUUCUUCUUCCAAGGUCAUUUUGGCCCAUCACACGUGGCAGUAAAACACGUAAUACAGGGAUGUGGUUGGGUGCCAAGAGCUUUCUCCUUAUGACACAUAGCCCAAAUCACCUGCUCCUCCUGCUUUCAACUUUGAUUUUUAUUUGUUUUACUUUGCUUUCUAGGAGGGCUGGGCACUGUUGCGGAGCUCCUCAGCCACUUGUCCUGUUAACGUCCCAGUUGUCUAGACAUAAAAACCAGCACAACACAUUAUAUGCAGAUUUAUGUCUGCUUCAUGAUAUGCCAUGGGUUCCAAUUGUAUCUUUCACCCCCUGGAGCCAGUUCCCAAACAUCAUUCCCUAAAAUCUCUAGAGGAAAAUAGAGAAUUGCAGAACCAUGAAGUCGUAGGGGACUCCAAGGGUCAUGUAGCCCAACCCCUUGCAAUGCAGGAACAUCAGUAAAGCAUGCAAGACCGAUGGCCAUCCACCCUCUGCUUCAAAAUCUCCAAGGAAGGAAAGUCCACAACCUCUCGUGGGAGACCAUUCCAGUGUCAAACAGCUCUUACUCUCAGAAAGUUCUUCCUGAUGUUUAGUUGUAAUCUUCUUUCUUGUAACUUGAAGCCAUUGGUUCGAGUCCUACCCUCCAUGGCAGGAGAAAACAAGUUUGCUCCUUCUUCUGUGUGACAGCUCUUAAGAUAUUUGAAGAUGGCUAUCGUAUCUCUUCUCACUCUCCUCUUCUCUGGGCUAAACAUACCCAGCUCCUUCAACUGUUCCUCAUAAGGCUUGGCUUCCAGACACACUUGAUCACAUCUUUCGCCGCCCUCUGCACACCUUCCAGCUUGUCAAUAGAACUGCAGAACCAGUCCAAUCUCUUUUAAACCUGUGGUGUAUACAUGCCUUAGAAUAAUAGGUCUGGGAAUUUUUUGUGGGGGAUAUAAAGUGUUUUCCUUUUGACCUCCACUCAGAUGAGUGUGUGAGAGUGUGUGUUUCUGCUAUGGGGCGGAGAGGGUGUUGGGAGUGAAGGGAAUGGUCAGAAUAAAUAGUGAUUUCAUUUCCAAAAGUCA